AUGCGUUCAGGAAUCGUUCUCGAUGUCGCGUUUAACAGAGAGUUUUACUUAAACGCGCGAUUAAAUUCGAGAGGGACCACUCGCCGUAGUGGUUCUUUGAGAGAGCGAAGGAACACGUGUCCUUUUUUGGUCUCAGAACGACACGUGCGACGGGAAAAAUUUCUAUCCAUUUUACAAAAAAAAUUAGUAAAAGUAUACUCACCUUUAGAUAUCUCUUUCUAUGCCACUCGUGUUAUUAUUAAACAGGUCAACACCCGCUCCCUCGCGGGUAAGAAUUUCAUCGGCUCCAAGGUGUCCUCGGUCACCAACGGCUCCAAGGUGCAAAUGUCCAGGUGGAAAGGCAUGGACGAGGACAUCUCCGACGACCAACAAGACAUCGCCAGAGGAAGAGACAUGGUCGACUCCAAGUUUCAAGGUGGCUUCGGUAUGGGCGGUACGCACAACGCCGUCAUGUCCUCCACGGACUACAUCUCCCAAGGCCAAAAGAACUUGGACAACUUGUCCGUCGAUGGUAACAACUACUACAUCUCCCCGUCCUUUUUGGACAAGACCGCCGUGCACGUCGCGAAGAACUUUAUGGACUUGCCGAAGAUCAAGGUUCCGUUAAUCUUGGGCGUCUGGGGUGGUAAGGGUCAAGGUAAGACUUUCCAGUCGAACUUGAUCUUCGCCAAAUUGGGCAUUUCACCGAUUGUCAUGUCUGCUGGUGAAUUGGAAUCCGGUAACGCCGGUGAGCCGGCCAAGUUGGUUCGUCAACGUUAUCGCGAGGCGUCCGACAUCGUCAAGAAGGGUAAGUUGUCUACCUUGUUCAUUAACGAUCUCGAUGCCGGGGCCGGUAGAAUGGGCGGUACCACGCAAUACACCGUCAACAACCAAAUGGUUAACGCCACGUUGAUGAACAUCGCGGAUAACCCCACGAACGUUCAGUUGCCGGGCCAAUACGAGGUUGUCGAAAUCCCGAGAGUCCCGGUUAUCGCCACCGGUAACGAUUUCUCCACCUUGUACGCUCCGUUGGUUCGUGAUGGUCGUAUGGACAAGUUCUACUGGGCCCCGACCUUCGAAGAUCGUGUUGGUAUUGCCAACGGUAUCUUCAAGGCUGAUGGUGUCGAUGAGGCGGACGUUCGCUCCUUGGUCGAAGCCUUCGACGGUCAAUCCAUCGAUUUCUUUGGCGCCUUGAGAGCUCGUGUGUACGACGACAAGGUCAGAGAGUUCAUCCAAGAAAUGGGCCUCGAAAACAUUGGCAAGAGAUUGGUCAACGUGAGAAAGGGCGAAGAAGUGUCCUUCGACGCGCCGGCUAUGUCCAUUGAAAUCUUGCUCGAAUACGGCAAAGCUUUGGAGAACGAGCAAGAAAACGUCAAGAGAGUCCAAUUGGCGGAUGCGUACUUGGAUGGCGCCGUCUUGGCUGGUUCCGACGAAACCUCCAACACCGCGAUGUCCUUGAACUAA